UUUGGCCCCCGCGAAUAAAACUCUAUUCCUACAUCUCUCCGUUCUCUUUCGAUCCCUCUCCUCUCUUAGUAACAGUCGUUUCUGGUAGCCCCCACGCACGGUUGUUACGGAUAGAGAAGAAUCGAUCAUCAUGGGGUUGCUCGACAAGCUCUGGGACGAAACUCUUGCAGGGCCCAUGCCCGACACCGGCCUCGGCAAACUUAGAAAGAAUUCAGCCGCAAGAUCACCUCCGGCCACCGAGAUCAUGAUAACCAGGAGCAUUACGAUUCUUAAGAGUGCUAACUCCAGCUAUCCGGGUUCGGCUCCGGUAACUCCUUCCGGUUCUAGCACUCCUAAAACACCUUUGACUCCGGGGACACCAAGUGCGGAUUUCAGGAGAUUCUCUUGGAGAAAAUUGCCAACUGAAACUCUGGAAAGCGCUGAGUCUAGAAGUCCGACCGUUCACGACUGGAUCAUAAUUAAUGCUUUGGAUCGUUGAGCUUCGGGAAUGAAAUUGAUGGGUAAUUUUUCCUAGAAGAAUAAAUUAAGGCAAACACGGCCUUUUUGUUUUCUACAUAGAGAGAAUUUGUAGGAAAAUUUGUUAAAUCGUAUGCAUCACAUCAAUACAUACGAUAUUACAAUAUAUUACAUUAUAAACAAUUAAGACGGUCUGUGUGAUGAGCAGUCGCACCUGGAACCGCUAGCUGCUUCUUGGAGUUUCUUAGGAAGGCUGGUUCUGCAGCUUGAGAUUGGAUUUUGAUUUUUCUUAAGUCUUUGUACAUGUUGUCUCCAAGUUUUCUUUGUUUUGAUGGCUUUGGACUUGUAAAUAUUUUCAGUAUUUAGAUAUGGAUUGUAUGUAAAAUUAAUCCUCUUCCAAUCAAUAGAACUCUUUUGG